CACAGCUCUGCCUUAACCAGUUAACUUGGCUUUUUUCCGCCGUUUUACUUCGUGCUUCGAGGAAACAGCGUCUCCUUACCGGUUACAAAAAAAUGUGGAUGAACAAACUAACUCAGGUUAUGUGCAUCACACACCGGCUCGAAGUAGGAGAAAGAAGCCAGAGGAGCCUGUUUUAAAAGAAGAACAUGUAUCUAUGGCGCUUCUCCAUCGCCAUAACCCUCGGCUUGGUGUGGUAUUUUUCAGACUGCGGCCGUUCAGUGACACAGUACUUUUUAUGUUUCCUCUUUUGUUUUUCAACUCCAUUACUAUUCGCGAACAGCGGGCGAGAGAGCAGCACCCAAACUGAUGAGGAGGCUAAAGAACAUCCUCUCCAGGGAACUGUCGAGGAAGACACGACUCAUGGGGGAAGCGGCGAGCAGGCUGAGCCACUGGAGUCUCAGUAUCCGCAUGUGAAGAGGUCCCUACAGCAAGUGUUUGAGUGCGCCUACGCUCAGCUGGUCCUGCCUUGGUACGCUGUUCCCGAGCCACGCGAGCACCAGCCUCUGCACCAGGUGCUCAGCAGGGAGUUCAACUUCGUAAUCGACCGCAUUAUUGAGAGAGCCAGAGACUUUGAUGUUUGUCAGGCGGUAGUGGGCUCCAUUCGUAUUUUGACCCAGCACUUGCACAAUGCAAAGCAGUCCGACAGACAGCUCUUGUUCAGCUCCACCGCAGAUGAAAUCGCAGUUCUCCGAGAGUUCUCCGACGCUGUUGUACGUAACCUUUUUCCCGAAUCUCUCUGGGGCCAAGAAGUCAACCGCUGUGCCUUAAAUGAGAUUGUUGCCUUAAAGGGGUUGGGCCUCUUGGUGACAUGGCUGUCUGACCCCGACAACCUGAACCAGCUGGUAGUGAGCCAGCUUGACAGCACGACCCCCAAAGGCUCUGUGGAGGAGCUUUGUGGAUCAGACCCGGAACUAGCCUCCCUGGCUUCGCAGGAGGGCGAGGGCAGUGAAGUGAGCUCGGAGGGAGCAGGGAUUUCGACUAGCACCAGGAUCAAGGGCAAAAGGAAAGGCAACAAGUUAAAGGAAGGAUGGUCAAAAUUUGUGGACAAGAUGAAGUCCAAGAAGGCCAAGAAGAAGAAGAUGAAAAUGAUGGAGCAGGAGCUGAUGCUGAGGGUCAUGGCGAUCCAGAGUGACGUGUCCAAUGAGGACGAUGUCAGCAGCAAGGAGGGCUCCAUUCACAGCCAGCAGGACUCUGACGGGGAGGACAGUGAUCUGGAGAACUACUUGACAAGCGUCCAGGAGGACAUGAUGGAAUUCAAGCUGUCAUAUGAGAUGUGGCGUGUUGGCCGCUGGGCUGUCAGCAUCCCUCAUGCUGACUGGGAGGAUGAGGAGCUAAUCUUCACUGUUCACCUGGAGGAGAAUAACAGCCCCGAGAACCUACAGUGGGACAUCAAGAAGACCUACAUGGAUAUGAUAUAUUUUCGCAACAGAUGGCAGGAUUCAACCACCCUACCAGCAAUCUUGAAACUGGAGGAGUCAGAGGUCACCGACGAGGUUAAAGAAGAAGCCAGAGUAUCGGUGGAGCAUUUUCUGCAGGAAUUAGUUUCUGACAAUCUGAUCGGCCACACUCAACCGGUUUUUCAGUUCCUCUGCCCACUUGACAAACUGCUGAAUGAAGAGGAAAAUUAUCAAGGCGUGUGGGGCCUUCUCAGCGGACUGGCCUACUUCCUGACUCCAGGUCAUGAGGAAGAAGAGAACUCUAGCCCUCAGACAGAAGCCCCAAAAGAAAUCGUAAUGCCAUCUCCUCGUCCAGAAUCCACAGCUCAGCCGUCAGAAAGUCCCGGUGCCUCUGCUCAGAAUGGCACUGAUGUUCCCGGUGCUACUCUCCCAACUAUCGUUAUCUCCCAGUAUGAUCCUCCUUCAGAGCCGCCUGAGGAGGCAGAACCAGACAAGCAAACACAAACUGCUGUUAACUCAGACCCUUCAAGUAAUGAAAACUGUUCCCAAGACAGAACAGAGGACUCUGAUAAUCCCUUAACCUCUCACUUUAAAAUGAUCAUCAAAGGCCUGACCCGGUCCAAGUCGCAAGAGUCUCUGGCCUCAACAAAAACCAGUAAUGACGAAGACCCACCUUAUUCAGACUCCACGCCACACUGCAGCCAAAAUGGAGGCUCACAGUGGGAGAGCGCAGAAGGCCCGUCAUGGCUUAAUUUCAGCACAAGGUCAAAUAAAAAGGAGAAAAUAUGUUUCAAGAUGGCAGGUGGAGCCAGCAAGGCUAAAGGGAAGGAGCAGGGCACUUCGCCAAGAGGGGAGGACUCCCAGGGUCAGAGGAGCCAAGUCAACUGGGAGCAGCUGGAGGCGACCAAGGCCAUAUUUGAUCUGCUGAAAGAAAUAUCUGGGAACUCCAUCCUCAUAAACAUAUUUGAUGCCAUUCUGAAACCUGUUAUGCCCAUCUUGAAAAAGAAAGUGAACACUUUCUUAGACAAGAUGAACCCAACAGAGAUGCAGAUGGUGGCGUACAUCGACACUCUCAGAGACAAACAGUGGCCAGGAGUCUCAGCCAGCAGCAGCCUCGUCCUCCUCGCACGGAGGAGGAGAAAAAUGAAACCAGGGAGCGAGCACAUAACCUCGUCAAUGCUAGAUAUUCAAACUACCUUGUUUUGAAGAAGACAGAUAUGGAGUCUGUCUUUAAUCUUUUCCAGGACAGUGAAGAAAACAAAACGCUGGUAUAUAUGCUUCUGUCAUUCCUGUUAAGGGAAUUUUUUCCCAGCGACCAUUCCCUGAAUGUGAGCGCUGCUGCCUUACUGAAAGUGACCAAUUCUACCAACUGAUCUGUGAAUCUUUGAUAGCAUUUUUAAUGGUACUUCUUUACAUUUUAAAAUCUGAAAUUAUUUAUUAAACAUUUUAAAAUGCCUUAAAAUAUUUGAGACCAAUUCUCUAUCUGUGUCAAAUAUGAUUUUUUUCUGCAUUUUUACCUCAAACAUAUCAAACAUGCUGUGAAUAUUUCCUUUGGUUUUUAUUUUGUAAAGUUUAAUCGCUUGUGUCAUGUCCACUUGUCAAUGUGAUGAAUCCUGGCAUUGCAUAUUAAAAUUUUACUGUUCAACUCAGAGGAGAAAGUAAAGAAUAUUUAAUAUUAACUGUUUGAAUUUCACCCCUCACAUUUCAUAGAAAAAAAAAAUUCCCUUAAAUACUUUGUUUCACUUUGGGCACUUGUGUAUGGUGAGUGUUUAUAUGGAUGAUUUGACUUAAGGUUUUUAUUAAAAUAGAGUAUCUCACAAUUACCAAUCACAUAAAUCUGUCAAAACAUGGCCGAUACCACCUAUCAAAGGAAACUUGAAAUAAUUUUCAUGUAAAUAAUUUGAAUUUAUUCCAAAUAAAAUAUUUUUAAUAAAUAAAUUUUCUGUUACA